GAUGAAUCAACAUGCAAUACCUACACAAACAACUGCAGUAAUUAUUCGAGCAAGAAACUGACAUCAAAAAGUUGCAAUCAAACAACCAACCUGCAAUACUGCCACCUACGACCAACGUUUUCAGAUAAAGCUGCACAUGAAUAAACAACUCCAUCAAUAUCAUCUGCAGCCGUAUACGAGCAAGCAACGCAGACCUUAUCAAAACAUUGAAAUGGCGCGACCUGCAGUUCAUUGUGCAGCGCCACGAAAGAGAAGGGAGGACAAUGCCGGCCAUCACCACAUCACACCACACACCACUGGACACGUCUCCUACAUCAGCAGCGGCAAAAUCUACUCAAACAGAAUUCAACAAUACGCCACACACGACGGUGAAGCUACCAGUCGCCUUCACUGCGACCUCGACACUACAGUACUGUCUUCAUCCACAAACAAACGAUCGACAAGCAGAGAGGAUACCAAAUGAUAUUCGCCGCCACCGGCUGCAGCCGAGACACCGAGUCACUACUACCUACAAACUACUGUCAACAAUGUCAACUUACACCAAAAGUUCGGGAAUGUGUAACAUCGUGUCAACAUUUCAAAUGACUACAGUCGAGCUGUCAAUCUACGAACACAAAAAAUGGUGAAGGAAGGAGUAACCGUCAACGAGUUGCAGGCGACCCGGUAAUCCACGGUCCGGACG